AUGGUUCUCUUGCAGAGGGCUGUCGCUGUCCUCCUGUUGCUGUGUGUGUGGACGUCAGUGGCGCGGCUCCGCGCUGACCCCACCGGCCGCCUCGUCCUGGGCUUCCAGGCGCCGCUUAACGCCUCGUUCCCGUUUAGCGCGCGACGCCUGGGCUCGGCUGCUACGCUGGCCGUCGAGAGGGUCAACUCCAACCGCGCGUUGCUAGGUAACCUGACGCUGGAGGUGGCCUUUGCGGACACCAGGUGUGAUGCCAAGGCUGCACUCCGCUCCUUCAUAGACCUGCACUGGGAGAGGAACAUCUCUGCACUGUUUGGACCGCCAUGCCCAGAGGAGGCUGAGGUCACAGGCCUUCUCGCUUCCUGCUGGGACAUCCCCAUAUUUGGCUUCGUGGGCCAGUCUCAGAAAAUGGACAAUGCUGCCGUCUACGACACCUACAUCAAGGUGGUCCCCCCGCUCAAGAGGAUUGGUGAGGUCCUGGUCAAGGCUCUAGACUUUUUUGGGUGGAACCAUGUUGCGUUGUUGGGGGGUGGUGCGGACUCCAACUCGUGGAACAGGGUGGACGCGUUGUGGAAGGCCGUGGAGGAGGAGCUACAGGAGAGCAAGACUGUGACAGCAGCCGUCAAGUUCGACACCAGCAACGAUGCACUCGUCCAGAAAAACAUCAGAUACAUAGCAACCGUCGCUAGGGUGAUCGUGGUGUUGACCAAUGCGGAGGACUCUACUGCCCUGUUCCAGGAGGCGCAGUGGCAGGGCUUGAUGUCGGGCGAGUACGUCUUCAUCCUCGUCCAGCAGUUUGAGGUCAGUGGCAGUCUGGACAACCUGUGGAAGUGUGCCUUGAGUAAGGACGGAGACCAGAGCUCUGCGCGGGCCUUCGGCAUGGUCUUCGUCAUCGCCCAGAAGACCUACGAGGGCUACGAGUACUAUGACUUCUUCCAGCAGGUCCACGCCAGGUUGACUGAUGCCCCAUUCCACAGCAACCUGACCUCUGAGGUAGAGGUGAGUUCUUAUGCAGCGUACCUGCAUGACGCAGUGCUUCUGUACGCCAUGGGGCUGAAGGAGGUGGUGAGCGAUGGCAAGGACCCACGAGAUGGACGAGAAGUCCUCAAGAGACUGAAACGGAAAAGGGCUGACAUCAGCUUUCAGGGAGCGUCCGGACUGGUCCACUUUGAUGCGGAGGGGGAGAGGAAUAUGGACUACUCCCUGUACGACCUGCAGCCCGAUGGGGACUCCACCAAGUUUGUGUCCGUGCUGGACUUCGACAGUCAAACUAAGGUCUUCAGGCAGACGCCCAGGUUCAUGUCAGUGUUCUGGCCAAUGGGAAAGCUUCCUUCUGACAACCCACUCUGUGGUUUCAACAACGAGCUCUGUGAAUGGCUGUACAAUGAUAAGGUGACGGUGGUCCUGUUGGUGCUGCUGCCUCUGAUGGGUGGAGCUGCCCUGCUCUUCAUCACUGUCCUCACCCUCCAGAAGGUCCGUCUCCAGGGGCGACUGGACGACGAGCGCUGGUGGCAGAUCGCCUACAGCGACAUCACCAUCAUCAGAGAGCCCAAGGGUUUUCGGAGCCAGUCGAUGAGCACGACUAUAAGCAAGAGUGGCAGUGGAGGCUCCCAGACCAUCAGCAGCCUGUGGGACGCCAAGGGGCAGGAGGGUAUCUACAUCACCGUCGGCCUCUACCAGGGAAACCAGGUGGCCAUCAAAUACCUGAAGGACCAGGUCCUGUCUGAUGUUAGGAAGCCCUCAGUCAUCCAGGAGUUUAACGUGAUGAGGGAGCUGAAGCAUGAGAAUCUGGUGCAGUUCUUUGGUGUUUGCAUCGAGCCUCCAAACGUGUGUCUGGUCAUGCAGUACUGUAAGAAGGGCAGUCUCAAGGAUGUUCUGAGAAACGCUGACGUGGAGCUGGACUGGAUGUUUAAGCUGUCCUUUGCCUAUGACAUUGUCAAUGGUAUGGAGUUUCUCCAUAAGAGCAGCCUGAAGUCGCAUGGGAACCUGAAGUUGUCCACGUGUCUGGUGGACAGUCGACUGCAGGUCAAGCUGUCUGGCUUCGGCCUCUGGGAACUCAAGCACGGCUGCAGACAUAGACUCAUCCCUAUAGACAAUCCCUGCUUUGAGGACCUGUACUGGACAGCUCCGGAGCUCCUGAGAGAUGUGUUCUUCCCCUCUAACGGGACCCAGAAAGGGGACGUGUACAGCUUCGCCAUCAUCAUGAGAGAGAUCCUCUUCAGCACGGAGGAGGGGCCUUACCACGGCAUCAAACUGGAGCCCAGAGAGAUCAUUGCUCAGCUGCAGACACCCCCUGCUGGUGGACCCCUGCGCCCACACCUGUCCACCCAGGUGCUCCCUGCCCAGGUGAGUGGGGAGGGGCUUCUUAACGUGCUGCAGCAGUGCUGGAGUGAGGAGCCCGACCUGAGACCGCCCUUCACCACCAUCAGGAGACGGCUGCGCGAGGCCAGCCCCGACAGCCACACUAACAUCCUAGACAACAUGGUGAGCAAGUUGGAGAAAUACGCCAACCACCUGGAGGAAGUGGUGGAAGAGAGAACCAAUCAGCUCACAGCAGAGAAAAGCCGCGCCAACAAACUCCUCUCCAGCAUGUUGCCCCGGUACAUUGCGGAGCAGCUGAUGGCGGGUCAGACUGUGGCACCUCAGAGUUAUGACAUGGUGACCAUCUUUUUCUCGGACAUCGUGGGCUUCACGUCCAUGUGUUCCAUCAGCUCGGCCAUGGAGGUGGUCACCCUCCUCAACGACCUUUACACACUCUUCGAUGACAUCAUCACCAUCUACGACGUCUACAAGGUGGAAACCAUCGGCGACGCCUACAUGGUGGCCAGUGGGCUCCCGAUCGUCAACGGCAACAAGCAUGCGGACGAAAUCUCCACCAUGGCACUGCACUUCCUGGCGGCUAUCCAACUGUUUAAGAUCCGCCACAUGCCCACCGAGAGGCUGGCACUCCGCAUAGGCAUCAACUCAGGUCCGGUGGUGGCGGGGGUGGUGGGCACCUCCAUGCCCAGAUACUGUCUGUUUGGGGACACGGUCAACAUGGCGUCCAGGAUGGAGAGCAACAGCCUGCCCCUGAAGAUCCAUAUCUCCCAGAGCACCGCAAACAUCCUGAGGGAGAUGGGGGUCUUUGAGCUCGAGGAGAGAGGGGACAUCGACAUCAAGGGGAAAGGCAAUCAGAAGACAUUCUGGCUGAAGAGUAAGAAGGGUUUUGUGUUCCCCCCUAAAGACAGUCCUGGAACCACCAGCCACAAAGCUACCCCGGAGGAUAAAAUGCCACUGAAGGAGCACAAAGACAGAGUGAGGACUCAGCGCACCGUGGGAAUGGCGGCUGACAUGACGCUCGCCGUACCAAACGUUGAAAUACCAUAG